AUGGAUGCCUCGCCCUUCCUGGCCUCGCUGUUCCCCAGAGCCCCACACAGGGAAAACAGCAGCAAGCCUCAGGGCAUCCUGUUCAACUUCUCUGACCACUGCCAGGAUUCGGGGGACCUUAUGGGCUUUAUUGUCACCUCCUACACCAUCGAGACAAUUGUGGGGGUCUUGGGGAACCUCUGCUUGAUCUGCGUGACCCUGAGGCAGAAGGAGAAGACGAAUGUGACCAGCCUGCUCAUCGCCAACCUGGCCUUCUCCGACUUCCUUAUGUGUCUCAUCUGCCAGCCACUCACGGUCAUCUACACCAUCAUGGACUACUGGAUCUUUGGCGAGGCACUUUGCAAGAUGUCAGCCUUCAUCCAGUGCAUGUCGGUGAUGGUCUCCAUCCUCUCGCUUGUCCUCGUGGCCCUGGAAAGGCACCAGCUUAUUAUUAACCCGACAGGUUGGAAGCCCAGCAUCCCUCAGGCCUACCUGGGUAUUGUGGUCAUCUGGCUCAUCGCCUGUGUCCUCUCCCUGCCCUUUCUGGCCAACAGCAUCCUGGAGAAUGUCUUCCACAAGAACCACUCCAAGGCUCUGGCAUUUCUGGAGGACAAGGUGGCCUGUAAGGAGUCCUGGCCUGUGGAUCACCACCGUAUCAUCUAUACCACCUUCCUGCUGCUCUUCCAGUACUGCAUCCCGCUGGCUUUCAUCCUUGUCUGCUACGUGCGAAUCUCCCGGCGCCUGAGGAGACAGGGGCGCGUGUUCUGCAAGACCUCGAGAGCUGGGCAGAUGAAGAGGAUCAAUGGGGUGCUCGUGGCGAUGGUGGGUGCCUUCGCAGUGCUCUGGCUGCCACUGCACGUGUUCAACAGCCUGGAAGACUGGCACCCUGAGGCCAUCCCAGUCUGCCAUGGCAACCUCAUCUUCCUGGUGUGCCACUUGCUUGCCAUGGCCUCUACCUGUGUCAACCCCUUCAUCUAUGGCUUUCUCAACACCAACUUGAAGAAGGAGGUCAAGGCCCUGGUGCUGACCUGCCAGCAGAGCCCACCGCUGGAGGAGUCUGAGCACCUGCCCCUGUCCACUGUGCACACGGAAAUCUCCAAAGGGUCUCUGCGGUUAAGUGGCAGGUCCAACCCCAUUUAG